AUGCCGCGGCCGCGCGCUACGAUCGCCGUGCCUCUGCUCCUGUCCCUCGCGGGCGCGGCCGCGCACGACCACGACUGUGUCCACGACAAGGUGGUUGCUGUGGGCGACUCUCACGGCUCACCGUGCGGGCCGAGCUCCGCCGACGACUGCGACUACACGUGCCGCGGGAAUGACGUGUUGCGGGAGAGCCACACGGCGCGCCUGACGCAGGAGCUGCUGCCGGCGGUGGCCGGCUGGUUCGGCGCCGCCUUCGACUUUCGCGACCACAUCCCGCGCCCCGAGCGCCUCGUCGUCGACGCGAGCCGCGAGUGUGGCUUCGGCGGGCCGGUUCGGAUCCCGUCGGACCUGGGCUCGCCCGGCAAGCGGGACGCCGACCUGAUCGUGCUGGUGACGGUGCGGCCGAUGGCGCCCGGCUCGGCGACGCUCGCCUUCGCCGGCUACUGCCAGACCGACGAGGGGACGCCCUCGAUCGCCACCGAGAGCGGCGUCCACCGCUCGUCGAGCCCCCGACCUCUCCUGGACGUGUCCAUUGACGCGGGGACGUGCCCCACAGGCGUGCCGUACUCGCCGCGCCGGCCCAUCCUCGGCCACGUCAACAUCCGGCCGAGCGUGCUCACGGGGAUGGCGGAGGAGGAGUGGGGAUCGCCGGCGGCCGUCGACCGGCUGAUGAAGCUGCUGCUGCACGAGGUCUUCCACGUGCUCGGCUUCACCGCGGACAAGCUCGCCGAGUGGCCCUGCCCGCGCACGCCCCUCUUCAACCGGCACCAGAGGUACGACUGGCGGCCGAGGGACUGCCCCGCGGCGGGAGGCGUCCCCGGCGUCGAGCCGGUCGGAACCUUCCGCCGGGAGCACAACGGAGCGGCAUACGAGGUGCGGGGCGUGCGCACGCCGGUCGUGCUCGCAAAGGCGCGGCACCACUUCGACUGCCGCUGCGGAGACGCCGGAGAGAGCGACUGCAUCGAGUGCGCCUCCCCCGACUCUGGCGCGGCAUGCACGGCCUCGAGCCACUGGGAGAAGCGCGUGCUCUACAACGAGGCCACCUCGCCCAUCUCCAACAUCACGCUCGCCCUAUUUGAGGACUCGGGCUGGUUUCGGCCAAACUACGGCGCGCCCGAGUGCUUCUUCGACCCCUCCUGGUGCGGCCUGCCGGGCGGGGAGGGGACGCGGCCUCGCAAGCCGCUGCUCUGGGGAGCGGGGCGCGGCUGCGGCUUUGUGAUGGGCGCGUGCGACGGAGACGCGUGGCGGGGCGACUUGGGCUACUUCUGCACCGACUACAGCCACGCGCGCGGCUGCACGGUCGGGCGGCGCGCCGUCGGCCGCUGCUCGCGCAUGGUCUACUCGGCGGAUCUGCCGCGACAGUUCCAGUACUUUGCCGACGCGCGCGUGGGCGGGCAGCGCUCCGAGGACUAUUGCCCGUUUGGCUGCUACGAGCACCGCUGCCUCUCGCCCACGCGGCUGCAGAUGCGGGUCGGCAACACGUGGUUCGACUGCGCCGAGCAGCCGACGCCGAGCCGCAUCUCGCUGCCCGGCUACGCGGGCGAGCUCGAGUGCCCGCCCGCCGCGGAGUUGCUGGGCGCGCUCGUCGACUCGGACGGCGCCGAGGUGCUCGGAGACACCUCGUGCAACGUGCGCGUCUCGCGCAGCGGCGGGCGGUACGACGAGCUCACCGCGGCCUUUAAGGUCCUCUCGGUCUCGCUGCGCAUCUGGCCGUACGUGAUGACCGGGCUGACGGUGCUGCUCACGCUCAACUGGUGCUACGUCAUUGUCACGCAGUGCCGGGCGCAGUCGCGGAUCGCGAAGGCGUACGGCGGCGGCGGCGGCUUCGUCCGCCAGGGCUCGAGCAGCCGGCUGCGCCGGCGGGGCAGCAGGGCGCGGCCCGACCCCGGGUUUGGAGGCAUCGAGACCGCAGCGUCCGGAGAGGCGGUGGACUGGGACUGA